AUGACCUUUCGACUAUCCUUCUAUAAUAAUCAAAACAUUCCAGCCAUCUCUCUUUCGUUCUCUCUUUCCCCUCUCUCUCUCUCUCUCUCUCUAUUUCACACACACACGUACCAACUCGGAUAUUUCUAUCUAUCUAUCUAUCUAUCUAUCUAUCUAUCUAUCUAUCUCAUUUUUUUUUAUCUAUCUAUUGAAAUUAGUCUUUUUCUUUCUUUCUAUCUGUCUACUUACCUAUCUAUAUCUGUCUCUUCAUCUAUCUAUCUAUCUAUCUAUCUAACUGCCUGUCUGUCUGUCCUUAUAUCUAUUUCAAUCUGUUCAUAUCUAUCUAUCUAUCUAUCUAUCUAUCUAUCUAUCUAUCUAUCUCAUUUUCUUUAUACCUAUCUAUUGAAAUCAGCCUCUUUCUUUCUAUCUACCUAUCUUUUAUAUCUGUCUCUUCAUAUAUUUAUCUCUCUAUCUAUCUCUUCACAUUAUCUAUCUAUCUAUCUAUCUCAUUUUCUUCUUAUCUAUCUCUUGAAAUCAGUCUUUUUCUUUCUUUCUUUCUAUCCAUCUACCUACCUAUCUAUAUCUGUUUCUUCAUUAUCUAUCUAUCUAUCUAUCUAUCUAUCUAUCUAUCUAUCUAUCUAUCUAUCUGCCUUUAUAUAUCUUGCAAGCAGUUCAUAUCUAUCUAUCUAUCUAUCUAUCUAUCUAUCUAUCUAUCUAUCUAUCUAUCUAUCAAUCUCAUUUUCUUUAUACCUAUCUAUUGAAAUCAGACUUUCUUUCUUUCUAUCUACCUAUCUUUCUAUAUCUGUCUCUUCAUAUAUUUAUCUCUCUAUCUAUCUGUUCACAUUAUCUAUCUAUCUAUCUAUCUAUCUAUCUAUCUAUCUAUCUAUCUAUCUACCUGCCGAUCUUAUUUUCUUUUUAUCUGCCUUUUUCUUUAUUUCUUUCUAUCUACCUACCUAUCUAUAUCUGUCUCUUCAUAUAUUUAUCUCUCUCUCUUUCUCUCUCUAUCUAUCUAUCUUUAUAUCUCUUUCAAUCUGUUCAUAUCUAUCUAUCUAUCUAUCUAUCUAUCUUAUUUUCUUUAAACCUAUCUAUUGA